GGGUGGAUGGAUGGACAGAGUGUCACGGAUCCAUGAGCUCUUGUCCGUCCCCCAACCUGUAGCCAGUCUUCUGGGAGUGACCCCUUUAGCAGGCCGGGCCCCAAGGCCCCACACAGCUGUACCGGGGAGGCCCAUGGGUCUUUGGCACCAGCGCUCCCUGUCCCGCUCCGGAGUGAAUCCAGCCCAGCCCAGCCAGCCCCCUGCGGGAGGCUCGUCCAGGCCACCCGCCUCUAGGGUCCCACGGUUCUUAGGGAAGUGGGGGGAAGUGAAGGUCCAAGUACAGCCUAGGCUGGUGCCCCCAGAGCAGUGGGGGGCAAGCUGCUGCCAGGCUCUGACCAGGGUUUCCCCAUACUGACCUGCCCAGCCUUGUCCAUGGAUUGGCCCCUUGGCCGCGCUCUGCCCGCCGGCCACGGCUGCUAGGGGGGACCCCACUUCGGAGGAUGGAGACCCCAGCACAGAGCAGGCACUGACUGGCUUCCCCGUCUGCCCCUCCCGCCGCCCCAGCGCCAGGCCCAGCUCCCGCCCGCCGCCAUGGGCGACCUGGCGAACAGCGCGGUGGAUUUCUACCCCAAGAGCCAGCGGCGGGAGCUGAACCAUGCGGGCGGCCUGGGCUGCACCCUGCCCGAGCUGCGGGGCCUCAUGGAGCUGCGCGGGGCUGAGGCCUUGCAGAAGAUCCAGGACGGCUACAGCGACAUCAGCGGGCUCUGCCGCCGGCUCAAGACCUCCCCGACUGAAGGCCUGUCGGACAAUGCGGCCGACCUGGAGAAGCGGCGGCAGAUCUAUGGCCAGAACUUCAUCCCGCCCAAGCAGCCCAAGACCUUCCUGCAGCUGGUGUGGGAGGCUCUGCAGGACGUGACCCUGAUCAUCCUGGAGAUCGCAGCCAUCAUCUCCCUGGGGCUGUCCUUCUACGCCCCACCGGGAGAGGAGAGCGAAGCCUGUGGGAAUCUGGCCGCGGGGGCGGAGGACGAGGGCGAGUCGGAGGCCGGCUGGAUCGAGGGGGCAGCCAUCCUGCUCUCCGUCAUCUGUGUGGUGCUGGUCACGGCCUUCAACGACUGGAGCAAGGAGAAGCAGUUCCGGGGGCUCCAGAGCCGCAUCGAGCAGGAGCAGAAAUUCGCCGUCGUCCGCAACGGGCAGCAGAUUCAGAUCCCCGUGGCCGAGCUGGUGGUGGGAGACAUCGCCCAGAUCAAAUACGGCGACCUGCUCCCCGCUGACGGGGUUCUGAUCCAGGGGAACGACCUGAAGAUUGACGAGAGCUCCCUGACCGGGGAAUCAGACCAUGUGCGGAAAUCCGUGGAGAAAGAUCCCAUGCUGCUCUCAGGCACCCACGUCAUGGAAGGCUCGGGGCGGAUGGUCGUCACGGCCGUCGGGGUGAACUCCCAGACUGGGAUUAUCUUCACCUUGCUGGGAGCCAGCGGGGAGGAAGAGGAGAAGAAGGAUAAGAAAGGGAAGCCCCAGGACGGUGUGGUGGAGAAUAUUCAGAACAAAGCCAAGAAGCAGGACGGCGCGGUGGCCAUGGAGAUGCAGCCGCUGAAGAGCGCCGAGGGCGGGGAGAUGGAGGAUCGGGAGAAGAAGAAAACCAGCACGCCCAAGAAAGAGAAAUCUGUGCUGCAGGGCAAGCUCACCAAACUGGCUGUGCAGAUUGGGAAAGCAGGUCUGGUGAUGUCGGCCAUCACCGUGAUCAUCCUGGUACUGUACUUCGUGAUCCAGACCUUCGUGUUGGACGGGCGGGUCUGGCUGGCCGAGUGCACCCCCGUCUAUGUCCAGUACUUCGUCAAGUUCUUCAUCAUCGGCGUCACCGUGCUGGUGGUGGCCGUACCCGAGGGGCUGCCCUUGGCCGUCACCAUCUCCCUGGCCUACUCCGUCAAGAAAAUGAUGAAGGACAAUAACCUGGUGCGGCACCUGGACGCCUGCGAAACCAUGGGCAACGCCACGGCCAUCUGCUCCGACAAGACCGGCACCCUCACCACCAACCGCAUGACAGUCGUGCAGGCCUACCUGGGCGACACCCACUACCGCCAGAUGCCCGAGCCCGGCAGCCUGACGCCCCGCAUCCUCGACCUACUGGUGCACGCCAUCGCCAUCAACAGUGCCUAUACCACCAAGAUACUACCUCCAGAGAAGGACGGGGGCCUGCCGCGGCAGGUAGGCAACAAGACGGAGUGCGCCCUGCUGGGCUUCCUGCUGGAGCUGCACCGCGACUACCAGCCCGUGCGCGACCAGCUGCCCGAGGAGAAGCUCUACAAGGUCUAUACCUUCAACUCGGUCCGCAAGUCCAUGAGCACCGUCACGCGCCUGCCCCAGGGCGGCUUCCGCGUCUUCAGCAAGGGCGCCUCCGAGAUCCUGCUCAAAAAGUGCUCCAACAUCCUGAGCAGCAGUGGGGAGCUGCGCAGCUUCCGCCCGCGGGACCGGGACGAGAUGGUGAAGAGGGUGAUAGAGCCCAUGGCAUGCGAGGGGCUGCGCACCAUCUGCCUGGCCUUCCGGGACUUCGCCGCCGGCCCGGAGCCCGACUGGGAGAACGAGAACGACAUCGUGGGGGAGCUCACCUGCAUUGCCGUGGUCGGCAUCGAGGACCCUGUCCGGCCCGAGGUUCCCGAGGCCAUCCGCAAAUGCCAGAAGGCCGGGAUCACCGUCCGGAUGGUGACGGGCGACAACAUCAACACGGCCCGGGCCAUCGCCGCCAAGUGUGGGAUCCUCCAGCCCGGGGAGGACUUCCUGUGUCUGGAGGGGAAGGAGUUCAACCGGCGUAUCCGCAACGAGAAGGGAGAGAUCGAGCAGGAGCGACUGGAUAAGAUCUGGCCCAAGCUGAGGGUCCUGGCCCGGUCAUCCCCCACCGACAAACACACCCUGGUGAAAGGCAUCAUCGACAGCACCAUCGGGGAGCAGCGGCAGGUCGUGGCCGUGACGGGGGACGGCACCAACGAUGGGCCGGCGCUCAAGAAGGCCGACGUCGGCUUUGCUAUGGGCAUCGCGGGCACCGACGUCGCCAAGGAGGCCUCGGACAUCAUCCUGACCGAUGACAACUUCUCCAGCAUCGUCAAGGCGGUGAUGUGGGGCCGGAACGUGUACGACAGCAUCUCCAAGUUCCUGCAGUUCCAGCUCACCGUCAACGUGGUGGCCGUGGUGGUGGCCUUCACCGGCGCCUGCAUCACCCAGGACUCCCCGCUCAAGGCGGUGCAGAUGCUGUGGGUCAAUCUCAUCAUGGACACGUUCGCCUCCCUGGCGCUGGCCACCGAGCCGCCCACCGAGUCGCUGCUGCUCCGCAAGCCCUACGGGCGCAACAAGCCCCUCAUCUCCCGCACCAUGAUGAAGAACAUCCUAGGCCACGGCGUCUACCAGCUCAGCAUCAUCUUCACCCUCCUCUUCGCGGGGGAGAUUAUCUUCGACAUCGACAGCGGGCGGAACGCCCCCCUGCACGCGCCCCCAUCGGAGCAUUAUACCAUCAUCUUCAACACCUUCGUCCUGAUGCAGCUUUUCAACGAGGUGAACGCCCGCAAGAUCCACGGCGAGCGGAACGUCUUCCAGGGCGUCUUCGGGAACCCCAUCUUCUGCGCCAUCGUCCUGGGCACCUUCGGCAUCCAGAUAGUCAUCGUGCAGUUCGGGGGGAAGCCGUUCAGCUGCUCGCCCCUCAACGCCGAGCAGUGGCUCUGGUGCCUCUUCGUGGGCGUCGGUGAGCUCGUGUGGGGACAGCUGAUCGCCACCAUCCCCACCAGCCACCUGAAAUGCCUGAAGGAGGCGGGGCACGGUCCCGGCAAGGACGAGAUCACAGACGAGGAGAUGGCAGAGGACGAGGAGGAGAUAGACCACGCCGAGCGGGAGCUGCGCCGAGGCCAGAUCCUCUGGUUCCGUGGCCUCAACCGCAUCCAGACCCAGAUGGAAGUAGUUAGCACCUUCAAGAGAAGCGGCUCCUUUCAGGGGGCCGUGCGGCGCCGCUCCUCGGUCCUCAGCCAGCUGCACGAAGUAACCAAUCUUUCUACCCCUACUCACAUCCGCGUAGUGAAAGCGUUCCGUAGCUCGCUCUACGAAGGGCUGGAGAAGCCGGACUCCAAGACCUCGAUCCACAACUUCAUGACCACCCCGGAGUUCCUGCUGAAUGACUACACCCACAACAUCCCCCUGAUCGACGACACCGACGUGGAGGAGAGCGAGGCGGCCCGCCGGCCCCCCAGCCCCCCGCCCACCCCCAACAAGAACAACAACGCCAUCGACAGUGGUGUCUACCUGGCCACUGACGACGGCUCCAAGUCUCCUACCUCCGCCGGCCCCGCCAGCCCGCUCCACAGCAUGGAAACGUCCCUCUAACGCCCCGGGAGGCUGGCCCCACGGCACGGGGGCAGGAAAUCCAGCAGCCAGAGGAACAGAGGGGCCCGGGCUCCUUCGGCUUGUCGGAGUGUGAACUGGCUGCGGACAGAGCUGGAGCUGGGAGCGGCCCCCAUUUCUCUGGGGAGCCUCAGCCCCAGGCAGACUCUUUGUGGUGCUGGAGCCGGCCGGGAAGGACCCACUGCGGACGGGCGAGGGCCCAUUUAGCGAUCCAUAGCCUCAAUAUAUAUACGAUACCGACUGACUGUCUUACAGGACUGACCAUCGCAUGCCGGCCCCACAUGCUACUUACCACCACCCAGCAUCCCCCUCCCCCCCGGGGCAAAUUGUCAGCCCGAGCGGUGGGGGGGGGAGAUUGUGCGUUUCGGUUUGUUUGUUUUUUAAAGUUGUCGGGCGCUGGAGCCGGUGUUUAACAAGGGCUUGGUCGUGAAAACAUGGCGGGAGGAUUGCGGGAGGGGACUGUCACACUGGACCCCGCCCGGACCCCCAACCAAGAGCAGGGCCCCGGGUUUGCCACGUAGCUCCCCCAACCCAGAUGGGAGACGCCCGUCACGCCGGGCGCUGCGCAGAUACUGGGUGAGAGGCAGUCCGUCCUGUCCUCCCCCCCCCCC